AUGAGAACCUCAACUACUAUUCUUUCUGUAUUCUUUGUUGCUGCUUUGCUUUUGGCUUGUUGCUCUGCUGAAGGUCCAUGGAUUUUGGGUCCAGGUCAAUCACAAUCUGGAAUUAACACAUGGGUUUGGCCAAGAAUGACCACAGUCGGAGUGAAGAAUGCUAACAAUACUGAAGGAAGAAUUAGAAUGCAAGCUGGUCUUUCACCAGAGGAAGAAGAUGAUGUUGCUCCAAUGUCUGCCACCACCUACGAGAGAGAUUUCGGUGCUUUCCCACUCACUGUUACAAACAUCGGUUUCACUGAAUUGACUGUCUACACUGCUUAA